AUACAAACACCAUCAAACGGCAGCCCAUCGGCCGUAGUAUCUUGCUCCUCGCCCUCCAUCCGAACAACAGCAGGAGCCCGAGCCCGAACCCGAUAUUCCGCAUUCCUACCCAGCAAUGGUGGCCCUUGUCUAGGUGGACGCGGUGCAAGAGGCGAAGCGGGGGCCGAUGGAUGAGGAGGGGCAGCGAACGCCGCAGCCGAUGGUGGUCGCGCGGAAGCGCCGCCAAGCCACGCCGGAUCACCCACCCUACUGCUGGAUGAUCGGCGAGGCAACCGACGCGCUGGCCGAGGACGGCGGCUCGGAGGAGGACUCCAUCUCUGCCUUUAUCCGCGCCAGGCACCCCGGCGUGCCCCCCGCGCACGACAGGCUCCUCCGGCACUACCUCGGCAAGCACGUCGCCGAGGGCUUCUUCGUGCGAACUGCCACGGGGCGGUUCGAGCGCAGCCCCCAGGAGAACGCUGAUGAGGAGGAGCUCCCGGUGGAGCAGGCUGAUCAGGCCGGCUCGUGCAAGCCGGCGUCCGUUGGGUCUUCGGUGGUACUGGUAGAGGCCAAGCCCAAGCGUGGCCGAGGCAGGCCGCGGAAGGAUGGCUCUCCUUCGACACUGGCCGUUGCUGCAAUGUCAUCGGUUGCUGUUGCCGGCAAGGACGAAAUCCAUGCACCGUCCUUGAAGCCCAAGCGCCGUGGCCGGCCUCGCAGGCAGGCAGGGGCGGACCACAGGGACAAGGAGCAUGAGCCUCCGCGUGAGCUGGCACUGGUGAUCCUCGGUGAUAGCUCUGCCGCACCGAUCAUGGACAAGCCAUGCACAACCUUGGUCCCUCCAACCACGCCGCCUGUGGACGGUGGCCAGCCUAUCGACCUGGCUCUGGCGACCACCACAGAGGUGCCUGUGCCUGAACCUGCGGCAACGCCCGCCAUGGACAAGGACGGUGCCGAUGCCGAUGCUUCUUCAAUCGAAUGACAGCAUUUGCACAGCGCCCACUUCGCCAGAGCCUGGCAGCUGGGCUUGCAAGCUGGCACUCGUGCCUGCUGCUAAUGGUUUUUGAUUGCUGACAAGAAGGAUGGCCUUACGGAGGCUCCAUCUCUGCAACCUACAAGGAUGUUCAUCAGCAUCACAAGGCCGGCACUGCUCCAACACUCAACUCUGGCGGCAAGCCGGCAAGGGCCGCAAAUCAGCGGUGGUGGCUAGUGGUGACCGUAAUUGACUUUAGUGUGUCCUCUUCUACUGAAUUAUUAGGUGGCUUAGCGCUUACGAGAAACUCAGUCACAACAUCGAUUUAAACUGUGGAUGAUAACUGGC